AUGCUGUGCCGCUUUCAGCGCAAAGCCCCUUCCACUUAUAAUGGUAACAGUAGCAACAGCUCUGAACCAGGGGAGAUACCGACCUUGGAGUUAGGGGACCGAAUUGCAAAAAAGGGGAAAAGAAUAGGAAAGUUGAAGUUCAUCUCCAAGCCUUCUGCCAGCAAGGCCACCAAAGAAUCCAAGGUGGCCAGUGAGCUCAGCACUGAGCCGGAGAAGGGCCCCAACCGUGAAGUUGCAAAUGGGCAAGACUUUCAAGUGAAAAAUGGCAUAGAUUCUCUCAAGGAGGUGACUGGAUCCCACCAAGAAAGGUCAAAAGUGGACAGAGUGACAGAGCACAGACUUCCAAAGACAGAAACUCCUCUGACCACAAGCAAUGACAAAUGCCACUUCUCAAAAGCUGGGAAGAUCGACUUUCAAUCGAGUAACUGCCUGGUACAGGCUGUCCAAGAUUUGAAUCUACAGGAAAGAAGGAAAACUCAGAAGGAAAGUCACACUCAGGACAUCAUGCAGGUGGCCUCUGGUGUUUCCAUCAAUGAGAGGCAGCAUGAAAACAUUCUUCUCCAGCAAGCCCCUAAGGUCACUGGUUAUAUUUCUCUGACACAGGUGGAAUCGCCUUGUAGACUUAUUCGGCCGUCCGUCAUUUCUGUCAUUGGAUUAUACCAUCAAAAAGGCAAGAGACUUGGCUUUACCAUUACUGGAGGGCGAGACUGCAUUUGUGGACCCAGGGGGAUUUUUGUCAAGACCAUAUUCCCACAUGGAUUAGCGGCAGAGGAUGGAAGACUCAAAGAAGGGGAUGAAAUCCUUUCUAUAAACGAAACACCAAUAAAGGGCUUGACUUUUCAAGAAGCCAUUCAGACCUUGAAGCAAAACCGGAGAGGAUUGUUUGUCUUAACCGUCAGCACAGAGUUGCUGAGCCCUGAACUCACAACCUCCUCAAUAGCCACACACAUGAACAGAUCCAACUCCCUGAACUUCCUCAACAGUGGGGGAGCCUCUCUGGGAGGCUCUGAUGAAGGUAGUUCUUCAUUCCCAGGUCGGAAGACUCCUGGACCUAAGGACAGAAUUGUCAUGGAAGUAACACUCCACAAAGAGCCAAGAAUUGGAUUAGGCAUUGGCUCCUGCUGCUUGGCUCUAGAAAACAGCCCUCCAGGCAUCUACAUUCACAGUCUUGCCCCAGGAUCAGUGGCCAAGUUGAGGAGCAACCUGAGCCGUGGAGAUCAAAUCCUGGAAGUGAACUCGAUCAAUGUCCACUAUGCCGUUUUAAGCAAGGUCCAUACCAUCUUGAGCCAGUGCCCUCCAGGACAGGUUCGCCUCGUCAUCGGCCGGCACCCUAAUCCAAAGGUUUCCGAGAAGGAAAUGGAUGAAGCAAUAGCACGCAGCACUACCCAGGAGAUCAAGGAGGCCAAUUCUUCUGGCUUAGGUUCCCCAUCGAAGAGUGCCUCUUUUGCAAAAAGGGAUUCCCCUGUUUCUGAAUCUGAUCUCUCCCCGUACUUCAUCCACGAUGUUCCUGGCCUCUUGUCAGACUUGAUGGCAACUGACUCUGAGGACGAGGAUUGCUCAGGAAGUGGCUGCAGCAUAUCACAGACAGCAGACUGCCUUCCUACACCUCUGGUAUGCAAGAGAGUCCUGGAAUGCCCUGUGCUUUGCAUUCCAGGCUGGAGAGAUCCCCCUAUACUCUCCCUUCAUCAAGGAAGAAGGGGGCCAUUCAUCCUGAUCCCUGCACCACCUUGGAAGAUGCAGGACAAGGCAGUCAGCCCGAGCACCCCAGCCAGCCACCCAGGCUCUCCGAGUCCAAGCUCAUAUUUUCUGAUACACAUGCCCAGGGGAGAAGAAAGCAGUUCAUCCCGACUGCAGCAAAAGUCUGGUAGCUUCAGAAGACAGCUGGCCCAGCAGCACUGGUUCUCAAAACUUGCCUCUCUCAGUCUAUGA